CCGCCCGGGACCUGAGCGCGCUCAGAGCCGCCUCGGAGCGCAGUCUCCUGCUGAAGACAGGAGCGAAGCAGCCAAAGCGAGUGGGGACAGACUCGCCGCACACCGGACAUCUGAACAGGGACUCGCGGCUGCAGGACCGCCUGCUCCGAGACGCAGCAGCCGCGGCGGCGCCGGAGGACUCCCCGCCACCCGCCCUCGGUGCACCUGGCGUCCCGGCGCCGAGCAAGCACCCGAGCUGUGGCCGCACUCCCCGGGCGCCUCCCGCUGCCGCUGCAGCCUGGGGGAGCCCAGAGCCCGGAGCUCAGCAGAGCUGGGGGCCGGAGCCGAGAGCGCGGCUGCAAAACCGCAAGCCGGGUGAUUGGGCACCGCGGGUGGCGACGGCAGGACACAGGGAAAGCCCGAGGGUCGCGCACUUGGGGCCGCCCGGCUGCGACCCGCAGGGACGGCAGCUGAGCGCGGAGGCGAGGGAGCGGCGCGGCCCCGGCUGACCCGAAGGCACCGGCUCCCGGUCAGGUGCGCGCAGCAGGGCGGGAGGGGCGCGCCAUGGAGGCGCCCGGAGGCGCUGGUCCGCGCGACACCAAGUGAGGCGGCCCGGUCGGGGUCGGCGGCCUCGCGGGUCAUGUACGGCGACGUGUUCAACGCCACGGCCGGCCCGGAGGCGGCUGGAGGCGGCGCGCUGGCCCUGGCGGCCACGGUCAAGGCAGAGGGCGCUUUGCCGCUGGAGCUGGCCACGGCGCGCGGCAUGCGGGACGGCGCGGCCACAAAGCCCGACCUGCCCACCUACCUGCUGCUCUUCUUCUUGCUGCUGCUGUCUGUGGCGCUCGUCGUCCUCUUCAUAGGCUGCCAGCUGCGCCACUCGGCCUUCGCCGCGCUGCCCCACGACCGCUCGCUGCGCGACGCCCGCGCGCCCUGGAAGUCGCGGCCGGUGUAGCUGCGGGGUGAGCCAGAGCCGGCCGGCGCAGUGUCCCGGUCUCACCCCUGGCCGCCGGUAGGAGCGGGGCAGGGCGAGCCCGACGCCGGGGGUCGCUGGCCCCUGGGCACGCCGCGCCCUGAUCCAAAGACCCUUUACGACCUCGAGCGGCAAGGCGGGCGUAAAGGGAGUCGGAGGCUUCGCGGGCUGCGUAGGGUCCCGAUCCCAACAGCCGCGGGCUUCCAAGGUUCUGAUCCCCUGGAGGAGUCUCUUCCCCCUCCCCGGACAGCGGGUCUAGCCGGGGUGCCUUCCUGGAAGACGGCGCGCCAGCCCAGACGCAGGAGCCUUCCCCACCGCCUGCUGACUCCCUUACUUUGCACAACGGAGGGGCAGGCAUGGCUCGGCGAGAACGUAACUAGCCAGGGGGGCUGCCUAAUCCAGACUCCCUGGCCGGGUGGCUGUCUUCACGCGGCUGCUACCGCCUCUUCCACCCCUCGCCACCGAGGACCCCAGUCCCCCGGGAAUCCGAGAGUGAACCCAGCCGGACUUGCAAAUAAUGGCCUUUGGGGGCUGCGUCCCCUCGGGGAAGUGAGGGGAUGCUGACUUUAAGUAGGUCUCGCUCAGGUCCAAGGGUUCAGUUUUCUUUGUGGGCACGGGAGGGGAAGCUAGUCUAGAGGCACAGGGUCGCACCUGCAGCACCCUGUGGUCGGAGAUCCGCGUCCCGCCUCUCUAGGGACCACAUUUGUACAAUAAAACCUCACCGAAUUGGA